AUGGCUGUUCUCAAAAACCUCGUCCUCGCGGCGUCGCUGCUCGCUCCUUUGGCCUUGGCCGCUCCCAUGCUUGACGGACGUGCUUUGCACACUCACACCGAGGUCGUCUGGGUGACCGUCGAAGAAACCACCACUGUCUGGGUUGAUCCCGCUGCUGCUACGGCCCCUCCUUCCUCAGCAGCGCCCGUUGAGGUGAUCGCUACCACCACUACCACGGCGACCCCAACUUCUGUCGAGGUUGAUUUCACCACGACCACUGAAGCUCCAGUCGAAGUCGCCGCCCCGACCACAACUUCCACCGACGCACCAGCUGCUGUCUUCGCCGAGACCAACGCUGCUCCAUCCACUUUCGCAACCGUGGCGGCUGUCUCAUCUGAAGCCGCUGUCGCUGCUCCGGCUCCGGCUCCUUCAUCUGAAUCGCCUUAUGUUGCCCCGGUCGCUUCUACCACAGCAGCAGUCCCCACCAGCUCCGCCGCUGUCGCCGCCGCUCCAUCAGCAUCUGCUGCCAGUGUGGGAUCCGGGGCUGUCACCGCUUCAGCCAGCGGAACUUGCGAGGGUCAAGGAGAUGCCUGUGUCGGUGACGUGACUCACUGGGAUGGAGGUCUCGGCGCAUGUGGCUGGGAUGUCAACACCAGCAGUGACAUGCAGAUUGCUCUGCCAGUCGGCUUCAUGGGCAGUCUGUCUAACAGCAACCCUUACUGUGGCCGAUCCGUCACUCUGUACAAUCCCACCUCCGGCACCACCGUCCAGGCCAAAGUCGGCGACAAGUGCAUGGGCUGUGUUGACCGCGCCAUCGACUGCACUGACGCUCUGUUCAGCGCCAUCACCGACGGCACUGGUGAUGGUCGUGUGAGUGGUAUCCAAUGGUGGUUGAACUAG